ACAAAAGUUCCCCAUAAAUAUUUUUUUUUUCUCUCAUUGGGAAUUCAAUUCUUAAUUUCCAUGGAUACUUCCGAAGAAACCCUACUCACCCAAUUUGAUUGGGAUUCGUUCUUCGACCAGGUGCCUGAAUUCGACGCCCAUGAUUUUUUGCAGGAUGACACCGCUCCUGUUAGCGUCGCCGGCGACAAUCCCUCCCCUAACGACCCCGUUUUGUCCCAAAUCGAGAACAUUCUAAUGGGCCACCCCGAAAACGACGUCGUCUCCACCGAAACGCCGUUGUCCGAGUCGUCUGAGUCCGACUUCUACAGGCUUCUCGAGGAGAUUCUAGUGGAGCCCGAUGAGGGACCGGAAAGUGAGCGUUCCAAGGCAGAGUCUGAGGAAGGCUCCGAAAAAGACAGAACCGGUGAUGCGGUUUCCGAUGAACCCACUUCCAAAAAGUUAAAAAGGCAGUUGAGGAAUAGGGAUGCUGCUGUGAGAUCGAGGGAGAGGAAAAAGGCUUAUUUGAAAGACCUGGAGAUGAAGAGUAGGUAUUUAGAAGGGGAAUGCAGAAGACUGGGGCAUUUGCUUCAGUGCUGCUAUGCUGAGAACAAUGCUUUGCGGCUUUGCUUGCAAUCGCGUGGUGCAUAUGGUGUUUCCGUGACCUCGCAGGAGUCUGCUGUGCUCUUGUUGGAACCUCUGCUGUUGGGUUCCCUGCUGUGGGUCAUGGGCAUCAUGUGCCAUCUCAGUCUGCCCCUAAUGCUGUGUCUCACAGCGGUUCUUCCAAGAGAAAACAUCGUACAGAAGGGCGUAAUAAAGGUAACCCAAAAAGGUCCAGAAAGUAAUAUCUCCAGGUGUUUCCAUAUGCAAUCAUUUGUAAAGAGUAGAAGAUGCCAAGCUUCAAGAACAAAGAUGAAAUUCAUUUUUAUGUUAAUCCACGCGCUUCCUGUUCUUGUCUUCCUUAGUCGCCAAGUUACAAAUGCACACACAAAAGUUCCCCAUAAAUAUUUUUUUUUUCUCUCAUUGGGAAUUCAAUUCUUAAUUUCCAUGGAUACUUCCGAAGAAACCCUACUCACCCAAUUUGAUUGGGAUUCGUUCUUCGACCAGGUGCCUGAAUUCGACGCCCAUGAUUUUUUGCAGGAUGACACCGCUCCUGUUAGCGUCGCCGGCGACAAUCCCUCCCCUAACGACCCCGUUUUGUCCCAAAUCGAGAACAUUCUAAUGGGCCACCCCGAAAACGACGUCGUCUCCACCGAAACGCCGUUGUCCGAGUCGUCUGAGUCCGACUUCUACAGGCUUCUCGAGGAGAUUCUAGUGGAGCCCGAUGAGGGACCGGAAAGUGAGCGUUCCAAGGCAGAGUCUGAGGAAGGCUCCGAAAAAGACAGAACCGGUGAUGCGGUUUCCGAUGAACCCACUUCCAAAAAGUUAAAAAGGCAGUUGAGGAAUAGGGAUGCUGCUGUGAGAUCGAGGGAGAGGAAUAAGGCUUAUUUGAAAGACCUGGAGAUGAAGAGUAGGUAUUUAGAAGGGGAAUGCAGAAGACUGGGGCAUUUGCUUCAGUGCUGCUAUGCUGAGAACAAUGCUUUGCGGCUUUGCUUGCAAUCGCGUGGUGCAUAUGGUGUUUCCGUGACCUCGCAGGAGUCUGCUGUGCUCUUGUUGGAACCUCUGCUGUUGGGUUCCCUGCUGUGGGUCAUGGGCAUCAUGUGCCAUCUCAGUCUGCCCCUAAUGCUGUGUCUCACAGCGGUUCUUCCAAGAGAAAACAUCGUACAGAAGGGCGUAAUAAAGGUAACCCAAAAAGGUCCAGAAAGUAAUAUCUCCAGGUGUUUCCAUAUGCAAUCAUUUGUAAAGAGUAGAAGAUGCCUAGCUUCAAGAACAAAGAUGAAAUUCAUUUUUAUGUUGUAAUGUUCUAUAAAUUCUGAAACGGGGCCUCUAAGGCUUUCUAUUACUUCUAGCUCCCUUGUUUCAUUCUUUCUUCUCUUUUUUGUUUUAUUUGUAUUCUACAGAUAGGGUCGUGUGUAGAAAAUAUGUAAACCAAACUCGUGGGGGUUCUGUGAUAUAGUUUGUCAGAUGCUGUGUUCAUCACAGAACCAUAACAUGCUGCGUUCUAAAGUUUAACAUGAAGGUUGUUUGUGGUUUUGGCAGUUUAGGACG